GGUCGCCAUGACUGGUGCUGCUGCCGCAGCUGCCGCUUCUGCCUGGAGCUGAGUCGGGAGGCGCGGCAGGCGAGGAAGGCGCUGUCCAUUCAGCACCACGGCGCCGCCACCGCCGCUUCGCUUCGGGGAGUAGCCCAACUCCAAAGCGCCGCUGAUCCAAGCUGUAGUUGCCUUACUCCGUGGGGAAGAGGGGAAUCCACACUGUUUAUCUGCCUCUGUCAGAACCCAGGUUCGACAGCGAUCGGUGCUCGGAAACGAAGGCAUCAUCAUCAUCAUCCUGGAGGGAGGACCCCGCCCCAGAGAUGCAGGCGAGGUGCUUAGGCAAGUUUCAUGCUCCUAAGCAGGAUCGGAGCAACAGCAGCUCUUGAGCAAGGAGGGGCUUUGACAGUCAAGAGCUACGUGUGGUAUUGUGUCAGCUCCAGCACUGCCAAAAGGAUGAGCGGAGAAAGAAAAGAGAGGAACGUUAAGGAAAUAUAAGGUUUCCACUCUCCCUACCCUCUACAGAUUUAGAAGACGUUCACUAUGACGGGGCUCAGUCUAAGGGAUUUAUCCGAUGCUGAUUUUGAAGAUAAUGAGAUCAGCAUCAAUGUUGGAGGAUUUAAGAAGAAGAUGAGAUCCAACACCUUGCUGAGAUUCCCUGAAACACGGCUGGGUAAACUGCUGAGCUGCAAUUCAAAGGAAUCAAUUCUUGAGCUUUGUGAUGAUUACGAUGAUGCUAAGAAUGAAUUCUACUUUGAUAGGAACCCCGAACUUUUCCCUUAUGUAUUACAUUUUUACAACACUGGGAAGCUGCAUGUGAUGGGGGAGCUCUGUGUCUUUUCCUUCAGCCAAGAGAUUGAAUAUUGGGGCAUCAAUGAAUUCUUCAUUGAUUCUUGCUGCAGUUACAGCUAUCAUGGGAGGAAAAUGGAACCAGAUCAGGAAAAGUGGGAAGACCACAGUGACCAGGAAAGCACUAGCUCUUCAUUUGAUGAGAUCUUGGCCUUCUACAACGAUGCUGCUAAGUUUGACAAUCAACCAUUUGGGAAAGUCAGGCGACAGCUAUGGCUCGCUUUAGACAACCCUGGCUAUUCAGUCCUAAGCCGAAUAUUCAGUGUCCUUUCCAUAAUGGUUGUUCUUGGAUCCAUAGUAACCAUGUGCCUCAACAGCCUCUCUGACUUUCAGAUUAUGAACAACAAUGGGAAUUUGGAAGAAGACCCUCGAUUUGAAAUUGUAGAACAUUUUGGCAUUGCAUGGUUCACCUUUGAGCUUGUGGCAAGGUUUGCAGUGGCCCCAGACUUCUUGAAGUUCUUUAAGCAUGCACUGAAUCUGAUUGACCUCAUGUCCAUCCUUCCAUUUUAUAUCACUCUAAUUGUUAACCUGGUAGUGGAAAGUAGCCCCGCUUUAGCUAAUUUGGGUAGAGUAGCCCAAGUUCUGAGACUGAUGAGAAUAUUUCGCAUCUUAAAACUUGCUCGGCACUCAACAGGCCUUAGAUCUCUGGGAGCCACCCUCAAGUAUAGCUACAGAGAAGUAGGGCUUCUCCUGCUUUACCUUUCAGUUGGAAUCUCUAUAUUCUCUGUAGUGGCCUAUACCAUUGAAAAAGAAGAAAACAGGGCCUUAGAGACCAUCCCUGCUUGCUGGUGGUGGGCUACUGUUAGUAUGACCACGGUUGGUUAUGGAGAUGUUGUCCCCAUGACCACUGCAGGCAGGCUGACAGCUUCUGCCUGCAUCCUGGCUGGCAUCUUGGUAGUAGUCCUCCCUAUCACACUCAUUUUCAACAAAUUCUCUCAUUUCUAUAGGCGUCAAAAGCAGCUAGAAAGUGCAAUGAGGAGUUGUGAUUUUGGGGAUGGGAUGAAAGUGGUUCCUUCAGUCAAUUUAAGGGACUAUUAUGCCUACAAAGUUAAAUCCCUUAUGGCUAGUCUCACAAACAUGAGCAGGAGCACACCCAGUGAACUAAGUCUGAAUGAUUCAUUGCAUUAGGCUCUGGUCUGAAGAAUUAUUUGCAUGAUGGAAAACCAAGAGUUGUAUCUGUGUUUGUUGUUGCUCUCACCCCAAGGUCUAAUGUUGUUGAUAAUUCCCCAGGGAACAGAUGGUCCACAUAACCAUUUUUUCCACUGCAAGACAUCCUUUUUUUGUGAAAACAAAAACAACAAAACUUUUGGUAAAAUCUACAUGUGCACUGGUGUUGUGAAUGGUUCAUCAGGCAUCCAGACAACAUAAAUUUGAAGCUCACUUGGUUUGCACUGCAUUUCAGGUGGAAUUACUUUUGGAAUUGUCACAAAGCCUAGAUGCAUAUGAACUAACAAGCAUAUGCAAAGGCUCAUGCAAUGGAAAAGAUGGUUACACAAAGCCGCUUACCUUGGCAGUCCUGAAGAAGAUGAAUUUUAGUUACAGGUUGGCACUUAGUGCAUCUUCAUCCAGCUGCUCAGAAACAGUUUUUCUGUUUUCUCUGUGCAGCACAUUGUUGUCUGUUGACGUUAGUACUGGUGGUGCUGUGCUUCUUUGCCACACAUGCAUUUUACUUAAGAAGUCCCUGUCUAAAAUGAAUGCUUCCAGAAAGGUAACCAAAAGAAUAAUUACCUGAAGAAUUGGAAACGUGGUUACUCCAGUUCCAUGCACAUUGUGAUACAGGAGACAUUACAAGCUCUAUUUUUAAAAAAACUUGCCACAAACAUACUUUGCUAACUAAAUGAUAAUUCACUUCUGCCCCCACUGCCCUCUUACACGUAAUGAUGUUGUGACUAUAAUCGUACAACCAUGAUUGAGUUUAAAAUUCACAAGCAGCUGGUAUUGAUUUUCAGUUGUGUGGUACCUUAAACCUAACAAAAACCAAAGUCUGUCAACUAUGAGGAGAAGGUGAUCGCCAUGGGGGGAAGGGGGAAAGUGCAAACACUCCCCCCAUCCCACUUGAAUGCUGUAUUUGAACUGGACUGAUUUUCUUACAUACCCAGAUUCAUUGUGUUUCAAUUUCUUGAUGAUUCUUGAUUAAGGAACCAUUCCUUGCCACUGGCUAUGGUGGCAAAUGUGAUUAGAGUUGCACACCAACCACAUCAGGAGAGUUGUACUUUGUCCAACUCUUGUCUAGACUCGGAGGGUGUAGAGCCAGGGUAAGAGACAUGUGGUCCUUCAGAGGUUGCCGAAUGAAAUUCUCAUCUGCUCUACUUAGCACAGCAAGAGGUGAGGGAUGAUGAGAGUUGUAGUUUAACGACAUCUGAAGGGCUCAGGUUUUCCAUUCCUGGCCCAGAAUGAAAGAAUAUCAAGAAAGUGUGAUGAUGCUGGGAAUGACUUUAGAUCCAAAGGUAGACAGAUAGAUAUGAAAUAUCCUAGGUUUUUUUUAAAGGAUCAUGUGAUAAUGGCAUAUUCCUCUUCCAUCUCAGGCUUACUAAUAAAUCUCUUAUGCAUAGAAGCAGAGCUCUGUCUGUGAUGAGAGGUUUUGAACAUACCUCUGCUCCUGAAACUCAGAUUAAGGCCACCCUCACAAAAUGAUCUUCAACAAUGACAACCUUCUCCCAUUAUUGUGCUCAAGGUGUAAUGGGCCUAAGUAACCUAACCGAUAUUGCCUAUAAAUAUCAGUUGCUGAUUUCUGGGUGAUUUCUGGGAGCUGUAGUCUUAAAAAAGAAACUUUUCCCAUCAGUGAAGUUUACACAGACAUAGAAAAAAUGUGUCUGAGCAAAGUGGUCAGAUUAAGCAUCGAUGUAACGAGAAGAUGCUUUUGGCACUGUGUGUGAAGAGAAAUAUACCAAAGUCAGUGUGCAAUGACAAUAAUAUACAAAAUGAUGAUUGCCUACUGGAUACAUAAAAAUAUUAAAAUGAUGUAAUAUGCAUCACCUGGACACUGUCCAAUUUUCUCAUGAUGAACUGGUUUAUAAACCUUUAUGCAUGAAUGAAAAUUGUUGUCAGGUUUUUAGCCAAUCAAAUACUGACAUCUGGAGCCCAAACAGUAAGGAUGGAACAAUAUAUUACUGCCUCACCACCACAUCUGUUUACCUCACACAGUAGUAGUUGGUAAGUAAAGGCAUUAAUAGUUGUUUUACUCAUCCCUUUCCAUUUAUAAUAAGUGCAUGCCGUCAAGCCAAUUCUGACUCAUGGUGACCUUUUCUAGGGUUUCCUAGGUACAGAAUACACAGAAGUGGUUGACCAUUUAUUUAUUUCUAACUACUGUAUAUGCUAUUCCACAUAUUCCCCUCACCUCAGGUUUUUUCCUUCCCCAAAGGCUAAAAGCUAUGGAAACCAUAUAAAAAGAAAAAGAAAUCUCUGAGAUGUAAAAACAUAUAAGAGGAGAUCAGUGACAAAAGUGACAAAAGCAACCAAGAGCUGAGGACUUCAAAAUAAUAUG